CAACCUCUCUUCUAACCGAGCGACGUUGGCUUGAACAGCUGUUCCCGUCUCUUCCCUCCAACCCAUAGGACACUCUCGUCACCACCAUCGGCGUUACCUUGAUCCUCGCCUUUUGCUAUUCCUCGGAUCACCUUGAUGCCAUUUUUCCUAUCUCACCUUGACCUGGCUCCCCUGCCCUACUCUCCGCAACCAACCCUUGCGAACCCACUUUUACCGUACCGUAUCCUACUUCCAUCAGUCCCGUACCUUCAAAUUCACUCCCAUACCCAUGUUUCUCUUGUGUUAUAGCAAUAUAUUUUUUAUUUCCGCCUAAGCAACACCUAGACUCGUAGUGGUCCCCAUAUUAUACCACGCCACACACGCACACUCACGCACGCACACUCACGGACACUGAUAUAUAUACGACACCACACCACUCCCUCCCUCUGCCCUACUCUCGCAAUGCCAGAGGACUGUGGUCGUCUGGUAUCUGUCCUCGCAUUUUAUGUUUUUUCAUGCAGUUGCUUCCGUGAUUCAGGCAAACAUUGUAAACCUAGCCGCGAUGCGCAAAGCAAUUGGAAGGAAGAGAUUGAGAACGGCCCAUCAUUGUUUCGCCGUCGCGAUUGCUCCUUUCAGUCGUCAUCCCCCCGUGGUCAGAGUCCGGCCUUCGGGAUUUACGGCGGCCGGAGUAAUGCUGUCUAUUCGGUCCCUAGCACGGCGGAUAGCGAGGAUACCGAGCAUCUAGAGAAUCUGUUUACCGAGAUGCAGGAGAAAAAGACCAAAACUGAGAGGAUUACGACCGUUACCGUUACACGAUUGCCAAGGAUUCACCCGCCCGUCAACGAAUACCAUCCGCCCGUCGUUUCUGCUCUGCCUGGCACGAGAACGGAUACGGCUUGGAUGAGAUUACCACCGCCAACGGCUAGGGCUAUGAGGGCGAUUAAUCGAGAGACACAUAGUCGGAAGGAUAGUGUACGCGAUAAGUAUGGUUCGGCCUACGAUGCGACCAGCAAUAUUCACCGAUUGGAGAGUCAGUCAAUUGUGAGGAACAAGUUGGAUGAGUGGAAGAUAGUCGGCACCUUGAAGCAGGCGGGUGGAACUGACUUGAGGAAGCCUGAGGACACAGUCGGAAUGAGUGAAAUCCCAGAGGAGGAGAAGCAGCACCAGGUUCCGGAAAUCCUCUCGGAGGGGCACUGGCUCAAGAGACGAAGAGUAUUUACCAAUCUCCCAGAAUUGAACGGCAGACGGUUAGUCGACAUUGACGGGGCCAUCAAAUUCGACCAAAACCUGGAAUCCCCAUACCACUCGACCUUUUCAGAACCUACAGAGGCUAUCCGCAGGCCCGCGCAGGUCUUUGCAAGGCCUUAUCCCAUUCGUUCAAUGUCCAUUGGCCUCGAUGACGAUUUCUAUUCAAAUUAA